AGAGUUGUCCUUCAGGGUGUGGAUGUGUGGUGGGAGCCUGGAGAUUCUGCCCUGCAGCAGGGUGGGACACGUCUUCAGGAAACGACACCCCUACGACUUCCCAGAGGGCAAUGCUCUCACAUACAUCAAGAACACACGUCGAGCAGCAGAGGUGUGGAUGGAUGAGUAUAAACAGUACUACUACUCAGCGAGGCCCUCAGCGCAGGGCAAGGCCUUUGGCAGCAUUGCAGAGCGUCUGACUCUGAGACGCACACUGAACUGCAAGUCCUUCCGUUGGUAUAUGGAGAACGUUUACCCUGAACUAAGGAUCCCAGAGCAGGAUGCAGUGUCCAGUGUGUUGAGGCAGGGAGGACUGUGUCUGGAGAGCCUUGGUGCAGACAGCCUGGGUCUGGCAGAGUGUAGAGGCACUGGAGCGAUUAGACCUCAGUCACAGAGAUGGCAGCUGGUGGAGCCUCUCCUACGCCAGCAGGACCUGUGUCUCGCCAUCACAGCUUUUACUGCCGGGUCAAAGGUCAAGAUGGAACCCUGCAGCAACAAGGAGCCCCGACAGAAGUGGAAGCCGAAGGGACCAGCCCUGCAGCACAUGGUCAGUGGUCUGUGUCUGGACAGUCAGCCUCCGGCUGGCCCUCCAACAAUCACUCAAUGUCGCUCCCAGCUGGCCAGUCAGGUCUGGGAGCCACAACUCAUCACCUGAUUAUCUGAACCCUGGUGGAUGGGGAGAGGAGGAGGAGGAGGAGGGAGGAGGAAGAGAUACACUGGUGGCUG